GCACCUAUUCCUGUUUAGUCUUGGACUUUGUUUAACCACACAAGCAUGUAUAAAUAUGCAUGCAUCCGCUUUUAAAAUUCUUACACUAAAUUCGAUCUGGAGAUUUUGAAGAUAAUGAUGAUUUCGCAGAAGAAGAUAGCUUCGACAAUGAUCUGUUUCCUGCUGUUGCUUCUUUCAAUCGCGUUUUCCGAGCCGACAAGGAACUUAAAUGGAAUAAGUGCUCCAACAGUGCAGCAGAUAAGAAACAGACAUGAUGGAAGUAGAGAGGUGAUAGUGGACAAUGGGAUUAUCAGAGUCAGUUUCUCGAGUCCUCAAGGACUUAUAACUGGGAUCACAUACAAAGGAAUCGAUAAUGUCCUUAAUCCGCAUAUCCGAGCUCGAGGGUACUGGGACAUAACAUGGCAAGGAGAAAACAUUCGCGGUUUGGAUAGAAUCGAAGGAACCAAAUUUAGAAUCAUAACUCAAAACGAAGAACAAGUGGAGAUUUCGUUCUCUAGAACAUGGAGUGGUGAUUCUCAUAUCCCAUUAAACGUAGACAAGAGGUAUAUUAUACGUACAAAUACCUCUGGAAUCUACACAUACGGAAUCUUCGAGAGACUUCCCCAGUGGCCAGAAGUCGAGAUGGGUCUGAUUCGAAUGGCAUUCAAACUCAACCCUGAUAGAUUCCAUUAUAUGGUGGUGGCGGAUAAUCGACAAAGAGAAAUGCCGACGGACGAUGACCGUAACAUCCAGCUUGGUCAUGCCAAGGCUCUUGCUUUCAAAGAGGCUGUAGAACUGACUCAUCCUCAUAACCUUAAGUUCAGAAACCAGGUGGAUGAUAAGUACCAGUACUCAUGUGAGGUUAAGGACAAUAAGGUGCAUGGGUGGAUCUCAACCAAGUCCCACGUCGGUUUCUGGCUUAUCUCACCGAGCGGUGAGUACCGCUCUGGUGGACCGGUCAAACAAGAGCUCACGUCACACGUCGGUCCUACGGCCCUCACGACCUUUAUAAGCGUGCAUUAUGUUGGUGCGGACAUGGAGACACGGUACAGAGCUGGUGAAGCGUGGAAAAAGGUCUUGGGACCUGUUUUUAUCUACUUAAACUCUGAUUCUACCGGCAAUAAUCCUCGCGAUUUAUUAUGGCAAGAUGCUAAACGACAGACCGAACAAGAAGUUGAAGCCUGGCCGUACGAUUUUGUAGCAUCCUCUGACUUUCCUUCUCGUCGAGAAAGAGGAACCGUUACCGGUAGACUAUUUGUCAACGACAGAUUCUUGACUCCGGCACAAUCUGCAUACAUCGGUUUAGCACCGCCGGGUCUAGCUGGUUCAUGGCAGACAAAUACUAAGGGAUAUCAAUUUUGGACAAAGACGAACGAAACCGGAUUUUUCACGAUUGAUAACGUUAGACCGGGAACUUACAAUCUGUACGGAUGGGUUACCGGUUUUAUCGGAGACUUUCGAUACGAAAACAGUGUUACCGUAGUUGCCGGUUCCGAGGUUAAUCUCGACAGAGUCGUGUUCGUUCCUCCUAGGAACGGUCCAACGUUGUGGGAGAUCGGUGUACCGGAUCGAACCGCCCGAGAAUACUUUGUACCGGAACCAUACAAGGAUACAAUGAAUCCCUUGUACCUAAAUCACACAGACAAGUUUAGGCAGUACGGAUUGUGGCAACGAUACACAGAGUUAUAUCCGAAUCAUGAUCUCGUCUACACAAUUGGUGCUAGUAACUAUGCUCAAGACUGGUUCUACGCUCAUGUCACAAGGAAAAUCAAUGAUUUGACCUACGAACCAACGACAUGGCAGAUCGUGUUUCAUCUCCCAUAUGUGAACUGGCGAGGCAGAUACACAUUGCAGCUAGCUUUAGCCUCGGCUUCACGGGCUAAUCUACAAGUACGGUUCAACAACGAAUACUCGAUGCCACUUUUCUCUACGGGUUACAUCGGAAGAGAUAAUGCUAUAGCAAGACAUGGAAUCCAUGGAGCCUACAGGCUUUACAGCAUCGCUGUGCCCGGAAGGUUACUAAGAACCGGGACCAACACGAUUUAUCUACGUCAGGCUAAAGCGUUUGGACCGUUCGAAGGUCUUAUGUAUGAUUACAUUCGUCUUGAAGGGUCCUUCUAGACUUUUAGAUUCAUAGAGUAGUUAGUAUUUUUUGGUUUUUCUUUUUCUUUACACAAUUCUUAGGAGACUAUAGUUGUAUAGAUUUGCG